AUGGUUGCUCUCAAAGACAAGCCCGAAUACGUCGAUCUCGAUGUCGAUUUCACGCCUCUACCAAAACAUGGCCAUCUAUCGGAGAAAACGCCGGAGUUCAUAGAGGCCGAGCCCGCGAUUGCAGCCGCCUAUGACCAAUUAUGGGCGUUACCAGAUUUCGCGGCGUUUCGCCAAGCUGCGGGUGACCCUGACGCCCCUAUGCCACAUGGUGGACCCGAUCGGUAUUGCGACGUUGUGACCGAACUGCUACAAGUUCCUGCGCGUGACGGGCACUUGAUUGAGUUGAAGAUUUAUAAAUCUCCAAAGGUUUUGCCGGGCGCUACGUUGGUUUAUCGCAUGCAUGGUGGUGGCUGGGCUGUCGGGCGACACGAGGUAGAUGGUGCCGAGAACGUUUAUGCAGCCACGAACCCUAACAUAGUCGUUGCGAGCGUCGAAUAUCGAUUAGCCCCUGAGUUCCCCCUUCCAAUUGGGAGCAAUGAUUGCUAUGAUGGUCUAUUAUGGUGUAAGAAGAAUGCCACAACCCUUGGAAUUGAUCCAGAGAAGAUUAUCGUUGCCGGAAGUAGUGCCGGAGCCAAUCUUGCUGCAAGUCUAGCCAUCAUGGCUAGAGAUAGCGGUAUCACUGGCAUCAUCGCCCAGAUUCUUCAUUUCCCAGCAGUUUGCCAUCCCAAAUUCUUUCCCCGAGACAAGUAUGAGUUUGGCAGCUACAAUCAGAACGCCUUUAAUUGCGUCCUCAAUGUCCUCAUAAACGAAGCUUUUCUCGACGCAUACAAUCCUGAUGUCAAGCCCGACACCAGACACUCGCCUCUGCUUGCGGCGUCGCAUGCGAAUCUUCCUCCAGCCUUAAUACAAUGCGCAGGUGUUGAUAUAUAUCGGGAUGACGCUUUCGCAUACGCCGAGGCCCUCGAAGCUGCUGGCGUUGAAGUCGAGAUAUAUGGCUACAAAGGCGUGCCCCAUUGCUUUCCUGCGGUUAUCAUAACCCAUCCUAGCACGCCGGUCUUUUACGAGAGGUACAAUGCCUUCUUGAAGAAACACGCGACUAGUUCUAAUGAGGAGAAAUAA